CAGAGAAGAAAACGGAAGGUGACGCAGGCUCUGGACCCGAUCCCGUAAAAAUGGAAGACAUAGAAGAUCUCUUGGUGGAUGGCGGCGGAGGAGCCCCGCCGGGAUUCCGGCUUCCGAUGUCAGAGUCCGUGUGGGUUAAGCCGAGGACUAGAAGGAAGAGUAAUGCUUUACAAAAUUCUGUCAGGAAUUACGCCACUGCCAAGAUUCCUGGCACACAGACGAUAUAUUUGAAGACUUUUGGGUGUUCGCAUAAUCAGAGCGACAGUGAAUAUAUGGCUGGACAGCUUUCUGCAUAUGGAUAUAAUUUGACUGAAAACCAGGAUGAAGCAGACCUGUGGCUGAUAAACACUUGUACUGUAAAAUCUCCUAGUCAGUCUGCGAUGGAAACACUCAUAGCUAAAUGCAGAACUGCAAAAAAGCCUCUAGUAGUCGCUGGAUGUGUUCCUCAAGGAAGUCGUGGUAUGAAAGAGCUUGAAGGGGUAAGUAUAGUUGGGGUCCAGCAAAUUGACCGGGUGGUUGAAGUUGUUGAAGAGACCUUGAAAGGCCACGAGGUUCGCCUUCUAACUAGAAAGACAUUACCAGCACUUGACCUUCCAAAGGUAAGAAAAAAUAAGUUUGUUGAGAUUCUUCCAAUAAAUGUUGGCUGUUUAGGUGCUUGCACUUAUUGCAAAACUAAGCAUGCCCGUGGUCAUCUAGGAAGCUACACUGUUGACAGCCUUGUUGGUCGCGUGAGAAAUGUUGUGGCUGAUGGAGUUAAGGAGAUCUGGUUAAGCAGUGAAGACACUGGAGCUUAUGGUCGUGACAUCGGAGUUAAUCUCCCACUUCUGUUGAAGUCUUUAGUAGCAGAGCUUCCGCCUGAUGGAAGCACAAUGCUGCGAAUUGGAAUGACUAACCCUCCUUAUAUUCUAGAGCACUUGAAAGAAAUAGCUGAAGUUUUAAACCACCCAUGUGUGUAUUCUUUCCUUCAUGUACCUGUUCAGUCAGGAAGUGAUGCCAUUUUGAGUGCAAUGAACAGGGAAUAUACUGUUAGCGAGUUCAGGAAAGUAGUUGAUACAUUGAUUGAGCUGGUUCCUGGAAUGCAGAUAGCCACAGAUAUUAUAUGUGGAUUUCCUGGUGAAACUGACGAAGACUUUGAGCAGACUGUCAACCUCAUCAAGGAAUACAAACUUUCCCAAGUUCACAUAUCACAAUUCUAUCCUCGGCCUGGAACACCUGCUGCAAGGAUGAAAAAGGUUCCCAGUAAUGUAGUGAAGCAGCGGAGCCGUGAGCUGACAAAAAUUUUUGAAUCCUUUACACCGUACGAUGGAAUGGAAGGCAAGAUUGAGAGGAUCUGGAUUACAGAUAUUGCCACAGAUGGAAGCCACUUGGUGGGUCAUACAAAGGGAUACAUCCAGGUGCUUGUAGUUGGUCCCCAGAGCUUGUUGGGAACUUCAGCUAUGGUGAAAAUAACAUCUAUUGGUAGAUGGUCUGUUUUUGGUGAGGUGAUCGAAAUUCUUACCAGAAACGUUGAGAAUCAUGUUGACAAAUUCUCAUGCUCCAGUCAAAAUGAAACCUGUUGUUCGCAACAGUUGGAAACCUGUGCUUGUGGUCUUACAAGUAGUCCUUGUGGACAAACCCAAGAGGAAACUGUCACUGUUUCAAAGGAAGUCCAAAAAGUACGCGAACACAGAAGCCAAGACCUGAUAGGUUGGUUUCUCAGGAAGCGGAAAAACAAUUCGCGUAAAAUGAUAAAGACUGAGAUAGUUGAUGAACAGCAGGGAACUGCAACUCAGGUCAAUGACUGGACUCUUGUUGAUAGAGCUCUCCUUGUUGGAAUGUUCGUCAGCUUAUUGACAAUUAUUGCCAUUUGUUAUAGCUGGAUCUAGCAAGUUAUUUGUCUGAAUUGUGAAUUAGUGAUUGAUGAGGUUAAAGAAAACUACCCUAGCCUGUAGCUGCUGUCUGCGUUUUAGACAGGUUGAAUUUUGAAGUGAGCCAUUUGCCCGGAAACUUCACCUUGCUGAUUCUUUAUGUAUCAA